AUGUUACAAUUACCACCUCUCAUCCUCACAACUAUCUUUUCAUUUCUCAUAUCACGCACACAAGCGCAGCUUGUCGGCUGCGAAUCAACUAAAUGUCCGAAAUCAAACAGUUUAGACUUAUGUCCAAUUGGCAACUCGACACUUUCCUCAAUAGGCACCCUUGAACUCAACACCGCUUUGAGUCGCCGCCCACUGACAUGGACUGUUGGGUUCCAAGAAAUUGCGCAAUCCAAAGCCGAAAAUACUGGGAAAGGUCUCUGUACUUCAAAGUCUCGCCGCUUGAGAACAAGAAACGAAAAGGAAAAUUACAAUUCGAUCCGAAGUCGAGACUGUGAGGAUCCAGAAUCAGAUUACCUUCAAUACAGAAACUAUUACCUCGGAACACCACCCAACACUACGGAUGGUGGAAUAGUGGGACAACUUGGCUGCGCACUAUUCUUUGAGGGUAUUUCUGGCGACCUCAGAUUUCCUGGAAAUAGUGCCUCAAGUGAUUCAGGGACUUGCAAUGACGCGCUUACGCGAAGUUGUGUCGCUGAUUUUACGGAGCAAGUCAAGAGUAAAAGCGAGAAGUUGAUUGCGAGUGGACAGACUCGGUGUGUGGAUUUGCAGAAUGCACUUCAAGACGAAGCGCCCGAAUCAUGUGUAGUUGCAAAAGGUGGGAAAUGGGGGACUGUUUAUGCUCGAGAGCUUAAUGCAGGACCAUUCUUGAAUGCGCAGUCAACUUGCAAACUGACGAUGGGAGAGAACUAUGGUAUCACGCUUGUGCAGAGUACUUACAAUAGUAGCAGUGUCAGAACAGUUUCUGGCCAGCCAGCAACUUUCCGAGAUUCAAUCACACCAAUUCUUACUGUUCUUAAUCCGCGAGACAAUGGGUCCACGGUGGAUAUCAACGUACAAUGUUUGAAGCCCGUGGGCACACCGAUUGUGACUGAUUCCGAAAAGAAAGAAAACUCGGGGACGAUUGGAAGGGUGACUUGGGUAUCUUUGGGAGGCUUGCUUGUGGUGCAAGUUGGAUUCUGGAUGCUGGGUGUUCGCGUCACAAUGAUGUUUUACAAGUACUUUUCAUUGGCCUUCUGUCUGGCCUCUAUACUAGUUCUCGUUGGCGCGAACACUCAAGCGCAAAAGAAUAUCCAAGAGGAGCUAGCAUGUUCAGAUCAGCCUUACAAAGUUCACAUUUUAUCGGCUCAUACUCCCUUGAUCAUCUACAUCGAGAAUUUUGUCAGUUCAUCCGAAAUAGAUGAACUUCUGCGUCAAGCUGAGCCAACCUACAGCGCCGCAACCAUAUAUACGCAGGAUAAGAAGACUGGGAACAGCUCCCAAACGGUCAGCAGAUCCUUUCGGGAGUCUCAAACUGCGUUCAUGGAAGACACACCUCUGGUGGAAUGUAUCAAAAAACGAGCGGCCGCUUUUCAAGGUGUUCCAAUUGAACGACUCGAGGGACUUCAAGUAGUCAGAUAUCCCCUUAACAGUUACUAUAACACACAUGUUGAUUGGAUCGGAGAUCAUUGUGUGGAUACACUGUGUCAGAAAUCAGGCGAUCGGGAGACAAGUUUUUUUGUUUAUUUGCAGGCAGAUUGCAAGGGCGGUGCUACAGAAUUUAGCAAGUUGACUCUCCCGAAAGGAGUUGAUGAAAAGUUUUGGUGCCAAUUCUUAGACUGUAAUGAUGAAGCCGGCGACGAGGGCAGCACUGAGAAGGAUGCUGAAGGAAACGGAACUGGAGUUGCCAGUGAAGGUGGUAAAACUUUGAAGUUCAGACCAAAAAAAGGCAAUGCUAUCUUUUGGGAGAACCUUGACGGAUUCGGAAACGGAAUCUGGAAAGUCGCCCAUGCUGGAAUGCCGGUGAUCGAAGGAGAGAAAAUUGGACUCAACAUCUGGACAAGAGAAAGAGCUCCUGGCGAUUACCACGGGACCGUCCUGCAGAAAGCGGCAGAAGUUGUUGACGAAUCGGAGGAUUUAUCAUCGCAAAUCAUUGUUGAUGAAUGGGAGGAAGUCUUCUUUGAAGAAGUUGACAAUUCUGAGGAGGUUGAGCCGCUAAUCAACGAUUAUUCAAAUUAG